UUCCUUAUAAAGCAAAUAACUUGAACGUCCCUGCACUCUUAAGAUUAAAGGUUCCAAAAAGAACCAUUUUUCGAACGCUUCAAUAUUCUAAAGAACCUUUUUCCCAUCAAAAAAGAACCAGUGUGCAAUGGAAAGUUUCAAUGUAAGUUAAAAGGUUCUUCAUGGAACCACUGAUGCUAGUAAAGAAACUUUAUUUGUAAAAGUGUAGUGAACUUGUCACAUAUGGACAACGUGCAUCUAUAUAACUGUAAACCACAUAUGAGAACAUGUCUCAAAUUGGUUGCAUUUGAAAGAGACCAUAAAAAAUGCACCGGAAGAUCUGGGUGUUUGUUUCCAUUUAUGAUACGGCGGAAAAAGGAAGUUAUUAGUCACCAGAUUCGCUGUAAAUUUCUAAUUUAGGACCACCAUUUCAAGCGAAGCUAUCAAACAGCCUUGGAUCAGCAAUGUUCUUCCUCUCUCGGCUACAACUGCUCUAACAUUUCAUCUCUUUUGAAAGCCUGACAACCGUUUUGGAUGCUGCAGAAGGUUCACAGGCAUUUUAAAACGGUGGACUCUAAUUGCUUACAAAAGCCUUGCCCUGCUUCUCUAAAGCGACACGUCUAAGCCGUUCUACUCCGCAUUCCUGGGAACAAAAGCAGCGGGAUUCAUUCUGCCCCUGAAAGCGAAGAGAAAGUUGAUAUGAUGCCGUGGCUGGAGUUAAAUGAGGCAUAUGCCAGCUGGCGGGGGGUUGGAAGGUCUCUCCUAAAAUAAUGUGUAAAGAUGAGGGCUGAAGUUUGUUAAUCCUUUCAUUCUGAAGGAGGAGGGUUCGAAAAGAUGAGAACCCGACGCUGUGAUGGUUUCCAGACAUCUGAACCAAACGAUACGAAGCAGAUUCACCUAGUGAUUCAAUUCUGCCUUGCCGUAUACGGAUCUCAGUUGGAGAGCACCAGCUAACAGGACAUAAAGUUGCCGUGAAGAUCCUCAACAGACAGAAGAUCCGCAGUCUCGAUGUUGUGGGGAAAAUUAAACGAGAGAUUCAAAACCUUAAGCUCUUCAGACAUCCACACAUCAUCAAGCUGUAUCAGGUGAUCAGCACUCCCACAGACUUCUUCAUGGUGAUGGAAUAUGUGUCUGGAGGGGAACUCUUUGACUAUAUUUGUAAAAAUGGAAGGGUGGAGGACACAGAGGCGAGACGUCUUUUCCAGCAAAUCAUCUCAGCAGUAGAUUACUGCCACAGACACAUGGUGGUGCACAGAGACCUCAAGCCUGAAAAUGUCCUGCUGGACGGCAACAUGAAUGCCAAGAUCGCUGACUUUGGUCUGUCAAACAUGAUGUCAGAUGGAGAGUUCCUGAGAACGAGCUGCGGAUCACCAAACUACGCCGCACCAGAGGUCAUCUCAGGAAGGCUGUAUGCUGGUCCAGAGGUGGACAUCUGGAGCUGUGGCGUCAUUCUCUAUGCACUGCUUUGUGGGACUCUGCCGUUUGAUGACGAUCACGUGCCCACCCUCUUCAAAAAGAUCCGUGGAGGGGUCUUCUACAUCCCAGAAUACCUCAAUCAUUCAGUGGCCAGUAUACUAAUGCUCAUGUUGCAAGUGGACCCACUGAAGAGAGCUACUAUCAAAGACAUCAGAGAGCAUGAGUGGUUUAAGCAGGACCUUCCUUGCUACCUCUUCCCCGAGGACCCCUCGUACGACACCUCAGUGCUGGAUGAGGAGGCCGUGCGCGAGGUGUGUGAGAAGUUUGAGUGCAUUGAAGCCGAUGUAAUGAGCAGCCUCUACAGCGGAGACCCUCAAGACCAGCUGGCCGUGGCGUACCACCUCAUCAUCGACAAUCGCCGAAUCAUGAACCAGGCCAGCGAGUUCUACCUGGCCUCCAGUCCCCCAACCAGCUCCUUCAUGGAGGAGGGCAUGCAUCUGCCACCUGGGGUCAAAGCUCACCCCGAACGGAUGCCCCCGCUGCUGGCCGACAGCCCUAAGGCACGAUGCCCUCUGGACGCCCUCAACACUACCCGACCCAAACCGCUAACGGUAAAGAAAGCAAAGUGGCACCUAGGCAUUCGGAGCCAGAGCAAACCCUACGACAUCAUGGCUGAGGUCUAUCGUGCCAUGAAGCAGCUGGAGUACGAGUGGAAGGUGGUGAACCCCUAUCACCUGAGAGUUCGCCGGAGGAAUCAGGUCACUGGGAAUUUUGUGAAGAUGAGUCUGCAGCUCUACCAGGUGGACAAUCGGAGCUACCUGCUCGACUUCAAGAGCACUGAUGACGAUGCAGUCGAGCACAAGUCAGGGUCGUCGACUCCCCAGCGCUCUGGCUCUACGGCCGGCCUCCAUCGGCCGCGUCUCAGCAUCGACUCUGCGAGCGUGGCUGUUGAGAUGCCCCAGCUCAGCAGCUCUCUGCCGGGCUCUCUGACCGGGAGCUCACCUCUCCUGGCACCGCGGCAGGGCAGCAACACCAUGGACUUUUUCGAAAUGUGUGCCAGCCUCAUCACUACCCUGGCUCGCUGAGACCCAAAGCAUCAAAACACACCACCAUCUGAUGGUCUUUUCCUCUUUACAGACAAAAGGUGAAGGGUUAUGGGAUGUGAUUUCUGGAUUCGGGGUGCUUUUAUGUCAGUCCCACAGUAGCGGUACAGACAUAUGGUGACCUAAAGAGUUUUAAACACAAAAGAAACACCUACAAAUGUACGAAAGUCAUUGCAUUAUUUAACCAGUAAUCGUAUCACAAGCCUAAAAUCUUUUUUUCAUCACUUUAUCAUGCCUCAUUUUAUAAAAAUAAAAAAAUUCAAUUUUAUAUAUUUAUAAUUGCAAACAUUGCUUAGGUUUUUCACUGACAUAAAUUCUAAAUAUAAUUUUUUUUUUUUUUUUAUUGUAAUUAUUUUUGUUAUAAAGGCUCAAUUCUGAUGUUCAAAUCAGUGUUUAUUUUUUAUUUAUUUAUUUUAGUUUUACUUAAGUUGUUAUUUUUAACAGUGCAUUGUUUUAUUGUUUUAAACCGACUUUUUUCCCCCCUACUUUUUCGUCUUAUCUAAUGCAAUGAUAUUCAUUCGGUCCAGAAUUGUUUUAGGGCCACUUGAGUCAGAGGUUCAACUCAUCGUCAUAAGUUUAAAUAACUGAAAAACUAUAAACAUACUUCUGAUUUUAUAUACACACUUUUUUUUGCAACAAGUAUUAUACAGUAUAUUUAUAUUCUCAUAUCGAUCACUUGAGUUGUAUAGUUUAGUUUAAUGGCUAUUGAUUGCAAUGACAUAUACAAAAAAUAUAGUAUAUAUACAUAUAGAGAAAAGACUAUAAUUUAAUUAUAUUAGAGAUUCUUGCUUAUUUUACAAAGUAUUCACAUUAUUUAAGUGUUAAUUUAUGGAGUGAAGAAGUUGUAUUGAGUGCUCUGGGUUUGGCUUGCAGUCUUCAGAAAGCGUUUAUCUGAGAAUGUCACAGUGAAUCUCUGAUAAUACACACCAUCUGCAGUGGAAAAGUCUGACCGUGACCUAUUUGUGUCUUUCUCAGAGGCCUUGCCUGCAUCAUGGGCUGUGCUCCUGUCAUAGAAAGACAAGUAUGCUGGAUGAGAGCAGCCAAAGAGCUUCAAUGUUGUGCCUUGAUAUGGCUUAAAUGCACACAAAGAAUAGAGACGGGUGAAGUAGACAAUGUGCCAGUCGUUUUGUUGAUACGAGUGAGCCUUUCAUUAGACGGCCUUAAAAUGUUCCCAAUGCUUGGGAAUAGAGAGCCAUGAAGACCUUAUUAAAGCAUUUGUCCUGUGACACAAUCAGCUUUAUUGAGUUUAUUAUUUGUUUUAGAACCUAGGUUUUAACUCUAUAUUAAAAUUAUUUUACAAAGAAUUUGACAAAAUUUAAGUAUAUUAAUAACUUACAAUGUUUAUGCAUGUGUGUGUGUACACACUGUUAUGCACUGUUAAAGCAUUCUUUCUAAAUAACACAAUUAGCUCAAUAUUUUAAGAAUAUAUACAUUAUAUAGCUAUCAAUGUCAUUUCUAUAGCUGAUGAAUGUCUCUUAUGCUAACCAAGACUGAUUUAUUUGAUUCAAAAUCCAAAAAUCCCCCCAAAAUUAAAUAUAUCACAGUUUCCACAAAUUAUGAAGCAGAACAACUGUGUUCAAUGUUUUUUUUUUUUUUUGCUUUUUAGGAUCAUGUGACACUAAAAACUGGAGUAAUGAUGCUGAAAAUUCAUCUUUGCAUCCUAGAAAGAAAUUUGAUAAUAUAUCCACAUAGCAAACAGUUAUUUUAAUUUGUAAUAGCAUUUGACAAUUUCUUACUGUAUUUUUGACCAAAUAAAUGCAGCUUUGGUGAACAGAAGAGACGUUCAGAAAUGUUUGACUGGUAGCAUACUGAAGUAGACUUGUUUUAAACAUGAUAUAGAUGGUGUGUAUCUGAUGAGAACACAUAAAGUGACCCGAGCCAAGAGUGCGCCACGUGACCCCUUCCCUGGGAUGCCUUAAAUAGAUUAUGAACUUUAUUGUUUCGAAUCAACAUAUUUGUUUAUGCGUGGGGUUGUUUGUAUGGAGUAAAUCCAAUUUAUUUAUUAGUUACACAUAUUUAUUAUUUAUUUAAGCUUGCCUCUUAAGUGUUGCUUGUGAACAAACUACAUAAGAAGGUGGGGAUUCAGAAAGUGGAUUUGUUGUAGUUGUCUUCGUGCCAACGUGUAUGAAUGGACAACUACAACACAGCCAGCUGGGAAAUAACAGUGCAUGACUGAAAACGAGAGGAGUGAAUACUAUAUCCAGAUUAUAUGCAAUGAAAAAUCAAUAUAUCUGAAUCAUCUGAACUAGUAAUAAGCGCUUUGAGUACCCAGAAUAGCGCUAUAUAAAUGUAAUUAAAAACAAGCUAGAUCUCAUAGUCAUUUUCAUCUUCGGUCCCGCUGGUUCGUAAUCCAUAAAGACGAAGCUUAUCACAAAUUGUGUUUGUAUAAAUGUGAUGGUCUUCCUGAAUCUUGUCUUGUAUUGUAAGGAAUGGUUGAAUGGCUAGCGUUGUGUGCAUGAGCAGAGCGUCUGUGUGUUUUGUAUAAGUAUGCUGUAUUUUUUGUAUGAUACACGGCUGCAGUUCUACCAUUGUGACUGAAUGUAAAACAGAAAGAUGGAGAGUUCUCACACAGAUCACUUCAUAUAAUUUGUAUGAAAUGCAAUAGAUAUGAUACCUCGAAAAAAGUUGAUCAGUUAAGAUGAAACUACACUGCUGCGGGACAUUCUUUUUUUAAUGUAUUUUUUUUUGUCCGAAGAUUUGACUGGAUUAUGGUGUUGUUGUGGUGGGAAAAUAUUGCACAGUCUGAAAUUCCUUCCAGAAUGUAAAGCCUUUAUGUAUUCUUAACAUUUUCCCCACAAAUCCCGGAGUUCACUCCUGGUCACACUGAGCAUCAGUGUUAUGUGUUUGGAGAAAGAAAGUUUAGAGAGUUUAUCGCCUCCUGCUGCUGGAUUUUGCUACAACAUUAAAGGGACAGAUCACCCCAAAAUGAUUUCUUAUAAAUAACUCACCUUCAUAUUGUUCCAAACCUGUAUGAGUUUCUUUCUUCUGUUGAACACAAAAUAAGAUAUUUUGAAGAUGCUGGUUACCAAACAUUUCAUGGUAGCCACUGUCUUUCAUUCUAUGAAAGCCAAUGGCUACCGGCAACUGUUUGGUAACCAGCAUCAUCAAAAUAUAUUUCUGUGUGUGUAUGUUCAACAGAAGAUACAAGUUUGGAACAAAUGUAGGGUGAAUAAAUGAUGACAGAAUUUGUAUUUUUAGGUGAAUUAUCCCUUUAGUAUCAGUGACAGAUUUGUAUGGGAAUAGCAGAAAUGUGUGCAAGCUUUAUGCAGUUGUGGUUAAUAUUUGUCAUAUUUAGAGACCAGACAGCAAAAGUCUUUUUAUGACAGUUUAAUAUAUGUUAUAUCAGCUUUAUAGCUGUGUUUUGUUGAAUCUGGUAAAAAACUUAAGUCCCCCAUUAGUUUGACAGGGCCAUUAGUGCAACAGCCAUGGCUUCAGUUCAUGUUGAGUGUUGUUUUUUUCUCUAUGUAGAUGCAUUUGUGCUGGAUAUUAUUCCCUCCCUGUCUCUCCAGUGUAGUGUCAUAUGUGUGAAACAUGAAAAUAAUGUGUUUUCUGCCUGUUCCCGAGCCCUGCUGGGAGACGACCCCUGCCUAUCAGUGUCUACAUGUCUGUAACGUACAGGUGCGCGUGUCACUUCCUGUCUGUGUGCGGUUUGUAUUUUAAAAGUUAUGCACUGCAUGGUGUUCCUGUUCUUAUUUGCACUUUAUUUUUUGUUAAAAAGAGAAAAAGGGAAAUAAAGAGGUAUAUGCA